AUGAGUAAUCCGUUAUUUGCAAUAUCCGCGCCGAAGAAACUUCGAGAAACGACGACUGUGCUGAAAAUCCUCAAGAAAAACGCCGGUCAUCUACAAACACUCUAUGACGUCCGCGCUACUCUACUCGACAUUCUUAAGUACCAGCCGGCGUCAAAUUUCACCGAUCGAAGCUUUAUGCAAAUGAAAGGUGAAUACGGAACAUCACUUCUGCGGCAACAGUCAAACGUGGAGAGGACGUGUAAAAACCUACCAAUUCCGAUGCAGUACUGCACAUGCCAAUAUCCCAAAGAGACCAUAAACAGGUUAUUUUUCUUCUUAAAUGCCAGAGUACGCAAGACGAUACAAGAUAUAGACGUCAAUAACUGUCGCAGCUACGGGAAAUAA